GCGGAGCGCGCGCCUUGAAUGAUCCUGCGUUUGUUGAGCUGAGAACAACGUUGUAAGAAAACGUUUUUACAAUUGCCUUAAGUUAAGCCUUAAGGUAAAGUUGGCUCUAUUUAAGUCUCCAGUAGUAAGCCGAAAGCAACCAUCGAGUUUGUUUUAACUUUUAUAAUUAUACACAAGAAAUUGAAAAGUGAAAUCGCCACGCGGGCCGGAGCCGGAGGACAGCGCAAUUACCACAAACAGCCCAGGCACAGCACAAGACAUGCAGGAUCACAAUUCACGGGGAAGCUAGCGCUAGGAGGAGUCAUCAACGGCAACGCCCAAGACCAGUAUGGCAUAUGAGGCAUUUCCAUCUGAUGCUGUUGAAUCCUUCAACGAUCCUGGGAUCUACUACGUCCAUGAGAAUGGAAAGUUGAGAAGUCCUCCAGGACUGGGACAUACCUCGCAUACUUCUGGUACACCCUUCUCCAAUUCAGGACUGCCCAAACUUGCCCCCUUCAACAUCGGGAUGAGCCCCUCCGACGGAGCAACAUGCUUCAUCCCCCGAUCCUUGUUUCAACAGGUGAUCAACUUCGUGGCUCGGAAUCUUUGGAGAGUGGAGUCUUUGGUGGGCUUUCCGGAUAUCGUCGGGGAGCAGCUAUUUGAAGCAGCGCAGUCCCAGGGCAUAUUCACCAACAAACAGCUAAGGUUUACCGGUUUAAGGCUUUUCGUAGAAGCUUAUCCCACUGAGAUGUUGUCCAGCCUAAACCUUAGAGGGAACCAGACAUUCCUGGAUGGCUUUGUUGAUGAAAUUAUUCUCUUUUCUGGUCUCUUGGAGGUUGACCUUGGAGAAUGUAGCCUGGAAGAGGAUCAUCGAAUUUGGCCUCACAUUGGUAGCUUACCAUGCCUUCAGAGACUUGGACUUAGAAAAACUGGACUGAGUGAUGGAAUUAUGCAGAAACUGACUACGCCCCUGAGAUUAAUGGGUAAAGGACCAAAAGGACUUCAGGUCCUGGACUUGUCAGGAAAUGGAUUGGUAACAGACCGCAGCGUACGAUUCGUGAAGGCAUUUCAUCAUCUAGAAGCUUUGGAUGUCACCGGCUGCUGUAUCUCUCCUUAUGGAUUGAAGCAGCUACAGACUGAACUAACACUGAGACACCUUCGUGAUGAUGAGAUAGAUGAUGAGGAAUUGGAUACCUUCUGUAGACCGGUAGAGAACAUUGGUUGGGCAUCCAAGGUCAUUGAUGGAUGGAUCAAUGAGACCAAGUUCAUCACUGGGCAGAAGACUGUCCCUCAAGGGUGUCCAAAGGCCAGAAAAUUCUAUUCCUCUAAAAGCAAGCAACUUGGAUUCAUGGAUGUCAGCAUCAAAACAGCCUUACCGGUCUCUACCUCAUCUCCGAUUCAUAUCAGGCUAGUGAGAACUGAUAAGGACAUAGUAUCCAUGAAAGAACAUUGGCACCAGUCUGGUGAGGAGGUACAGAUGAGGUUGAAAGAUACCAGACUUUCGUCCACCUUGACUUCAGAGAGGUUCGCUGCAGAAUCACAAGGUGAAACAACUGUUGGUAGAGGACAAAUGUUGGGAAAUCAUGUGCUACGUGUUUCAAACCAAGGACCAUCAAAUUUGUCUCCAUGCAAAGGAGAAGAAAGUACACGUGGUAGACUGAAGUCAGGGUUAAAGGUCAAACUGAGAAGGAAGCGGAAGAGGUGUCAGAUUGAGGACGAAGCGAGAAAGAGCGGUGCUCAUGGUGACCUUGAAGAUGAUGACAGAGACUUGAUGAAUAGCUACCUCAAUAUUAGAAGUGAUGGAGAUGUUGAGCUUGAUAAGACAAGAGAUAGAUCAAAACUGAUGAGAGCAAUGGAGUCCUCUUACUGGUAGGAGCCAUGUCAAAUAGAGACCUGAUUGUUGCUGGAAUGCUCCCCAAGGAGUGGAGAAAGUCAUAUGAUGGAGAUGUUGAUCUUGAGGAGACAAGAGAUAGAUCCAAACUGAUGAGAGCAAUGGAUUCAUCACACUGGUAGUAGACAUGCUUUCUUAAUAGAGACCCGAUUGUUGCUGGAAUGCCCAGGGAGUGGAGAAAGUGCAUUGCAUGAUGGAGAUGUUGAUCUUGAGAAGACGAAAUAGAUACAAAGUGAUGAGAGGAUUGGAUUCAUCACACUGGUAGUAGACAUGCUUUCUAAAUAGAGACCUGAUUGAUGGUGGAAUGCUCCCCAAGGAGUGGAGAUAGGCAGUACACGAUGGAGAUGUAGAUCUUGAGAAGAAAAAAGAUAGAUCUAAACUGAUAAGCGCAGCAGAUUCGUCAUGAUGAUAGGUACCUGAUUGAGUUUGCAAUGCUCUCCAGGGAGUGGAGAUAGACAUUAUGGGCUCGAGAUUUUGAUCUUGAUAAGACAAGAGAUAGAUUCAAGCUGAUGAGAGCAAUGGAUUCCUCUCACUGGUAGUAGCCAUGUUGAGAGAGAACUGAGUGAUGGUAGAAUGCUCCCAGGGAGUGGAAAAAGUGCAUUACAGGAUAGAUAUGUUGAUCUUCAGAAGAUAGAUCCAAACUGACAAGAGCAAUGGAUUCAUCUGGCUGGUUUAGGCAUGUGGAGAGACCUGAUUGAUUUUAGAACGCUUCCAGGGAGUGGAGAGAGUGCAUUAUAUGAUGUAAAUAUAUAAAUAUUGAUGAGAAAAGAGAUAGAUCCACACUGAUGAGAGCAAUGUAUUCAUAUAUCACUGAUAGUAUUCUUGUUUAUAGAGACCUUAUUGAUGUUGGAAUGCUCCCCAGGGAUUGGACAAAGUGUAUUACAUGAUGGAGAUGUUGAUCUGGAGAAGAGACAAGAGAUAUAUCCAAACUGGUGAGAGCAAUCCAAUCAUCUCAUUGAUAGUAUCCAUGAUGAUAGAGAUCUGGGGCCCGUUUCAUAAAGAACUUGCAACUGUUGUAACUUUGCCAUUAUGGCAACUGCCAUGGUAACCUUGAUUUUGAUUGGCUGAUAAGCCCUGUUACCAUGGUAGUUGCCAUUAUGGCAAAGUUACAACAGUAGCAAGUCCUUUAUGAAACAGGCCCCAGAUGAAGAUAGCCCAUCUAGAAAUUAGACAAAGAGAUUUUAGAUCAAGAUUUCAUAAAGAUGAUUGGAAAGAUGAAAUGGAAUCAAUGUCUCACAAAAGUAACCCUGAAGAUAAAGAUGAGAUGAAAACAGCUACCUCAAGAUAAAGAUUUAUGGAGACUAAAAAUGAUAAGAUAAAAAAAUUUCUCACUAAUAAGUAACUAUAAUGACCAUGUGUGAUAAUUAGUGACAUGUACAUCAUGAUGAAAGACCACCAGGGGAGACUCAACACACGGCCUGUAUUUUGAACUCAAAACUUAAACUAUGGUUUAAAGUGGGUUUAAAUUUUGGCAGCCAAAUGUGAUGGCAAUUUCUAUAAUCAAAUGAUUAUAAUUGGCACUCAAAUCAUUGCAAAUGGUCUUAGAACAAUAAAUACAAUAGUUUUUUCAAUAUCAAAACAUUGGAAAGAUCCCAGUAAACCCAAGAACUAUUGGAGUGUAAACUUUCUUUGAUAUGUUAUGCUUUCCAUACAUUCAAUAAGAACAAUUUUCAUACUAUUACAUAACUAAAACCAUUAUAAUAAAUAUGAUACAAAGCUUAGCAUUGAAGUACAAGUGAUUUGUACAGUUACAUGUUGAAGUUUUUUCAUUGUUUCAAAUAAAAUCUCUGUAUAAAAUACUCUGUA